AUGUCAAGAGAACAAUGCUGGAGUAUAGGAAAACAUGUCUGUCGUCGUCUCGACAUAAACAGAGGUAGAGCUGCCGGCGUGAUUAGAUGUCAUCUUAAUAUGGAAAAUGUGUGCUAGUAGCAAUUAACGUCAGUGAAAUGUAGAAUGUUAGCAAGAAACUGUGUUUCUAGAAUUUUGCGUGUGUAUGGGAACUUAUAGCCGUGGGUUGUCAAGAUCUUAUGUGGCGUCUAUAGUUCCAGCUUUAUAUUUUUUGCUUAAUUGAGUCAGACACUCGUGUUCUACAUUUCCAGUGUUUUAUACUGCUUAUAGGCCAUAGAAAUACAAUGGAAAUUUGAGAUAAUUGAGUAUGUUUGUUGAAGUUUGGAGAUGUGGUUAUGUGUUGAACAUCGGAAUUAUAGGUUUUGAAUGUUUGCAAAGUUUCUGAUUGUUUCUGAUGACAAGGAGAGAAUAUAUAUAUUUUUCCGGCAGUAGUGUGAAUGUUGUGUUCGAUGUCACGACAAAUUGGUGUUUCUACAAGUGUCAUUUGAUAAGUUAUGGAUCGAAUGACAUGUUAUGUUAAUACUCUACCAGUUAUGCAGUUAUUGAAAAAAAAAGUUUCAAUUAUAAUCACUAGUGUAAUUAUGAUUUAUAUUCCAGAGCAUGUAUUUGAGAAAGUAAAAAGAUUUUGAUCAAUGUAGAAGAGAAAGAUUGUUUAUAAAAGUACAUGCGUAUCUAAUACUUUGUGAUAGAAAUGUCAGUAAUAUUUGAUUGGUUUAAUACCUACACAAGAAAGAUAAUAAAGAACAAAGUAGAUAUUUCAUGAAGAUUUUGAAUGUGAUUAAAUUGUGUAUGAAGUCUCUGAAAAGUUGAAAGAACGCUGGAAAUUGCAAGAAAAAAUGUGAAGUCAGUAAGUGAUAAGUUGUUGUUUGAUCAUCAUUAAUUGAUCUUGCAUUACAUUCCUGUUAAGAAUAUGUGUCAUAAUGUGGUAGAAACAUGAGGAUCUGUGAUUUUGAGUGCCAAGGUAUGAAAUGUGUUCUAAGGAAAAAAACAGGGUUGGAAGCCUAUAGAUUUGAUUUUUGGGAUUUUUAAUCAAAUCUUUGUUAUCAUGAAGCAUCCUGUGAGUUCAAUUGGCACUUGUACUUCUGGUAGUGCAACAAGGAGUUCUAUGAGUUCUACGCAUCAAAAGUUCAACCAAGUAACCAUGGAUUUCAAUAAUUUGCAUUUGGAGUCAAGUGGAAUAGAAGAAAAUAUAUCUAAGACUAAAGACUCAGUACAGUGCAGUUAUUGCUGUUUGUCUUUCCAAGAUGUGGUGGAGUUGCGUGCUCAUUGCCAGACUGAGUCUCAUCAGACUAUUAUCAUGUCCGAUGAAGGUCGUGAUUGGAAAUAUCGGCCUCCUCCUCGUGGAUUGACUUCUGAUGCAUAUAGACUGUGUGAAAACUGGUGCGUUGGAGGAGGAACUUGUCGAUAUGAAGUUCAAUGUGUUGAUGCUCAUGGCCCAGAUGAACUCGCUGAAUGGCAAGAGCGAUUUGAGUAUCGCAGAAUGAAAAUGCAAAGAGCUUGUGAAAAGGAGUUAUUUGGAAAGUCAUAUGCCGAACAACUUUUAGAAAGGUGGAUUCAGGCUACAAACCCUGAAAACAUAAUGAGAGAAAAACUACAUGACGUGGAAGAAAACUGCAGUGGUGAACUUAUGAAGAUGGUUUCAUCCAAAGUUAGCAGCCAGGAGUGGAAAUUCACCCUCAGAACAUGUCGUCUUUUUAGAGCAGUUGCUCUGUUACAAGAUACUCACCGAAAUCAUUUCUUUCUGAAGAGGAUAUCAAGUCAUGAUAUGGACGGAAAAACCUUAUUUAUAUGGGAACCUACUAAUGCUAAUGAGACUCAAGAAUGGGAUGCAACAAAUUUUCCUCUACUUCUUGGUGGCAGUGCUCGUGAUCAGUGUGAUUCACUAAGUGUUUUGGAACAUACAGUGGAAGUUUCAUUUACUACAGAUAUUUACGGAACAUUCAGGCAGUCUGUAGUAUUUGAUUUUGGUAGUGAGCCGGUUUUAGUUCAUCAUUUGUGUGUUGAUGUAGUGCCAGUGACUGAUGUUGAUCGUAUCAAAGAGUUACAUAAAGAAUACGUGUUAUCUGGCUCAGAAAGAUGGGACAAACUGAACACUCACAUUGUAAAAUAUACGUCAAGCUACUCUCCGGUUGUAUCUUUAUUGAACUAUGUAAAUGAAGAGCGUGAACUGGACUUAUUGAAUGCUUAUCCUACUCCACAAGCUGACACAUUCACCUUGACUCAAUCCACUGUUAUUGAGAAAAAGUUGACACGUAACAAUUACAGGGCUCGGAUGCAUGAAUUGCUUUAUGUGGAAGAAUUGGCCCAAUAUGAUCAGGUUGCUCAGUACAACUUAGUGUGUAGAUUGCAGUUGGUAAAUUGCUAUCUUCUGGCACCAAAUGGGCCGUCGAACAGCACUGCGAAGUAUUCCAUCUCUGGAGAGCUGUUUGCAGUGAUGAAUCUUGAAAAAGAUGUUUCGGAAGAUACGACGUCAGGAAGACUUAUUUUAAAUAAUUGUACUACGGUGUUACUAUCCACAAGCAACUCAAGAAACACAGACCUAGGUGAAAGAAAUGAUGUUCCGAUAGCAUAUGAAGCAUUAAUUGAAGACAAAGGAAAAAAUACAGUAUAUUUGAAACUUUCGGCCACUUGUGUUGAAUCACUGAUGCUGAAACCUGAUACAGAACUGGUGGCUGAAGUUCAGUUUCAGUUGAACAGAAUCCCAUAUUGUGAAUGGCAUUAUGCUGUUGAUAAAAUAGCCGAUUAUAAAAUAAUAUUUCCUGAUACCUUUUUGGAGCCAAGUAUUCCAUGGACUCCUCUCAGGCAAUGGAGUGAAAUUUUAGAUCCCAGAUUAAAUUUGAAGCAGAAGGAGGCAGUUGUCGCCAUUACAACACCAGUCAGUUGUUUUCUUCCUCCAAUUCUCAUUAUUGGACCAUAUGGUACUGGUAAAACAUACACACUUGCCCAAGCUAUCAAACAGUUAUUGCUGCAGCCACAUUCUACUAUUCUUGUAUGCACUCAUUCGAAU